GUGCGCGCUCCCGGCACCGGCACAUUCGCUGCACGAUGGCCGAGGGAGGCGGACCUGAGGCGGGCAGCGCGGCGGACUCGGACACGGAGCCGGUAGCUGCCCAAGCCCCAUCGCCUUCUCCUGAAAACCAAAAACAGACUAUCGGGUCACUUUUAAAAACCACCCUGCGGAAAGGUGACGAAUGGUAUCUUAUCGACAGCCGGUGGUUCAAACAAUGGAAGAAGUAUGUAGGGUUUGACAGCUGGGACAUGUACAAUGUCGGAGAACCCAGCCUCUACCCAGGACCUAUUGAUAACUCUGGGUUGUUCUCAGACCAGGAUACUCAGGCCCUGAAGGAACACCUUAUCGAUGAGCUGGACUAUGUCCUUGUUCCUACUGAGGCCUGGAACAAACUGGUCAGCUGGUAUGGUUGUCUCGAGGGCCAGAGACCCAUCGUUAGAAAGGUGGUUGAACAUGGCAUGUUUGUCAAACAUUGUAAAGUGGAAGUUUAUCUGCUGGAACUAAACUUAUGUGAGAACGACAAUAUGGAGAAUGUUGUCACACGGCAUUUCAGUAAAGCUGAUACUAUAGAUACUAUAGAGAAGGAGAUGAGGACGUUGUUUAAUAUCCCUUCAGAGAAGGAGACGCGGCUGUGGAACAAAUACAUGAGUAACACGUACGAGCAGCUGAACAAGCCAGACAGCACCGUACAGGACGCAGGGCUCUUCCAGGGACAGGUUCUUGUAAUUGAACGCAUGAAUGAGGAUGGCACAUGGCCUCGACAAGCAUCUCAUCCCAAAUCAAGUACAACAGCAUCCAGGAACUUCACUACCUCUCCAAAGCUCUCCUCCAGCUCCUCUGCCAGUGCCUCGUCCACAGUCACCAAUGGGGACAGCAGCAGUAGCAGCAGCAGUACUGGAUACACACUCAACAACAGUGCCUCCUCUGGCAACAGAUUGGGGGGCUACAGUUCAUACAGUUCCUCUUAUAACUACAGAGACUCACAGUCCCAGCCCGGCCUCUGUGGCCUCAGUAAUCUGGGUAAUACGUGCUUUAUGAACUCAGCACUGCAGUGCCUGAGUAAUGCAUCCCCGCUCACGGAGUAUUUCCUGAAUGACCAGUACGAGGCAGAGAUUAACCGGGAGAACCCUCUUGGAAUGAGGGGCGAGAUUGCAGAGGCUUAUGCUGAUUUAGUGAAGCAGAUGUGGCUUAGUCGGAGCAGUUAUGUUGCCCCACGGACCUUCAAAACCCAGGUUGGCCGGUUCGCCCCCCAGUUUUCAGGGUACCAGCAGCAAGACUCCCAGGAGCUGCUGGCGUUUCUUCUGGACGGGCUUCAUGAAGAUCUGAACAGAGUCAAGAAGAAGCCCUACCUGGCCCUGAGAGACGCGGAAGGACGCCCCGAUGAGAUUGUUGCUAAGGAAGCCUGGACUAACCACCGGUUGCGGAAUGACUCCAUAAUUGUAGACAUUUUCCACGGCCUGUUCAAAUCUACUCUGGUGUGUCCCGAGUGCUCCAAGGUGUCAGUAACUUUUGACCCCUUCUGCUACCUCACACUGCCUCUGCCCAUGAAGAAGGACCGCACCAUGGAGAUCUUCCUUGUGCGCUCUGAUCCCCAGUCCAGACCCACACAGUACCGUGUGAUAGUCCCCAAACUGGGCACUGUGGCAGACCUGUGCAGCGCCUUGUCCAAACUCUGUGGCUUCCCUCCUGAAAAUAUGGUGGUGGCAGACGUUUACAAUCAUAGGUUCCAUAAAAUCUACAGACGAGAUGAUGGACUCAAUCAAAUAAUGGAGAAGGAUGACAUCUUUGUGUAUGAGGUGCAGGAGGAGGACAGCGAGCACAUGAACCUGCCGGUGUACUUCAGGGAGCGUCACUCGAAACAGUCCAGUGGCUCCUCCAGCACCAUGUUGUUCGGACAGCCCCUGCUCCUCACCGUGCCCCGACACAACCUCAACGCUGAUCUGCUCUACCAUAGGAUCAUGGAGAGGAUCGGCCGGUAUGUGAAGCCAGUGCAGAGUGCCAGUGUUGAGAGCAGAGCCUCAGCCUCAGCCUCAGCCACUCUGAGCAGCAGCAGCCAGGCCCCGGAGUGCUCCUCAUCUGCAGUGGAUCCUGGACUGGACUCUGGUAUGAGCCCUGGUCUAGACUCUGAUCCAAACCCCGGGGCCAGUGGCUGUGGCAGUCCCCUCUCUGACGGAGCUUCCUGUAGUGCCAGCUCCAGUAACGGCACCAACCACUCUGCCCCCUGCACCGAGACCAACGGCAUGUACGACGGUGAGGAGGAGGCCAUGGACCACCAGCAGAGCCCUGAGCCAGACCACGGGCAGUCUGAGGAAGAGGAGGAGGCGUCCGAGCUGGAGAACGGGACAAAAGCAGAAAAAACAAACUCUUCGUCACCAGCGAAACUCUUCACUUUCAGCAUCGUCAACUCCUACGGAACGGCCAACAUCAGCCCGCUGCCCUGUGACGGGAACCUGCUCAAACUCAACCCACAUUCCACGGUGGCUAUCGACUGGGACACUGAAUCCAAAAAACAGUGCUACGACGAACAGGAGGCCGAGGCCUAUGAGAAGCACGAGAGCAUGCUGCAGCCCCAGAAGAAGAAGGCCACUGUGGCUCUGAGAGAAUGUAUCGAACUGUUCACCACCAUGGAGACGCUCGGGGAACACGACCCAUGGUAUUGUCCCACAUGUAAGAAGCACCAACAGGCCACAAAGAAGUUUGACCUUUGGUCUCUGCCCCGGAUCCUUGUGGUGCAUCUGAAGCGCUUCUCUUAUAACCGCUGCUGGAGGGACAAGCUCGACACCGUGGUGGAUUUCCCCAUCAGGGACUUGAACAUGUCGGAGUUUGUGUGCGACCCAAAAGCUGGACCCUACAUCUAUGACCUCAUCGCAGUAUCCAACCACUACGGCGGCAUGGGAGGGGGGCACUAUACAGCGUAUGGCAAGAACAAGAUGGACGGGAAGUGGUAUUACUUUGAUGACAGCAGCGUUUCGUCGGCCUCAGAGGACCAGAUUGUGACAAAAGCGGCCUAUGUGCUCUUCUAUCAGCGCAGAGAUGAAGAGGACUCCCCCAAACCACAGCCCUGCGCAUCACUAGGGGGCGCCUCAGAGCCAACGGACGACAACAUGGACACAAACUAACUUAACUGCCCUGAAUGGGACGAGUGGCACUGAAAAUAUUAUGGCAAAUAGAGACUUGUACGCACACUCAAAGCUACUCUAGUGAGAAUAAAGGACAUCAUAGACUUUGCAUUAUUAAAUCCACCUUCCCCAUGG